AUGCCAACCAAUCCACAAGUCAAGUAUGACAUGCUCAAGCGGCUCCGUUUAGCAGACUACAUUACUCUUUCUAAUGGCUUUUGCGGAGUCCUCGCCGUUUUCUGUGCCAUGAGACAAUCGUUUUUCAUGGCGCAUUUACUCAUUUUCCUUGGAUACGAGUUUGAUCGCUUCGACGGGAUAGUAGCGAGGUACAGGAAUGAAUGCUCCGAAAUGGGUAAACAGCUGGAUAGCUUCUGCGACUUGGUCUCCUUUUGUGUGGCUCCUGCUGUCAUGGUCUAUUGUGCUGGCUUCAACACCUUGGCAGAUCAGGUAAUACUGGCCUUUUUUGUCUGCUCUGGCGUUGCACGCCUCGCAAGGUUUAACGUGGCGGCGCAUUUAGUGCCCAAGAGCGCUCAUGGAAAGGCACUCUUCCAUGAAGGCCUCCCCACGGCCUAUGCUGCUCUCUUGAUCUCCACAGCCGUCGCUGUUGCUGAGUGGACAGGUUACUUGACUGAUCUAAGUCCUGGGGUAACCCUUGCUUCCGAUUCCUGGCUUGCGUAUCAUCCAAUAAUGACCGCUAUGCUCGUACUCAGUGCUCUGAUGGUCAGUAAGCGACUUAAACUAUAUCUUGACGGAGCCUACAGUAUCCCGGCUGUGACGGUCAUCAUUUUUGCAGGCUGCUGGUCGCACUCACCACUCCCCGUUGGAAAUUUUCUGUGA